GUACCAUAAGAUGGCCGAAGAGAGCAAAGAAGGAAAGGCAAUAAUAUCAAACAGGGCUUCCUCACACUUCAACGAGUCUAUCGGUAUCACAUUUCUUCGAGAAAAUCGAUCGCCAUCGAGUUCUUAGUUUAGUUCUACGUCGUACUUUGCAAAAUGAAAACUGAAAGAACCGCUUUGCUUGUAAGCGAAACCCCAAAUUAUGCCUUCGAGAGUAGCAUCACGAGAAAACGAAAACAACAACUUCGUAUUUUCCAAAUUUGUUUUUGCAGUGCGCUCAUAUUUAUAUUUAUAAUUGCAUUGAUAAUAUCGACAACGUUAAGUUUGGAUUCAAAUGAAACAACUUCUUUAAUAAACGAUACUGUUCCGAUAGAUUUAUUUUUUUUAACAACUGGAAUUUUAAGUAAUAAUAACUCAAAAAGUUAUAAUUUAAAUUCAACAGAUUAUAAAAGCGCGAUUAAUUCGACGUUGAAAGAUUUGGAGAUGUUAAAGAUGAUAGAAAAUCAGCAACCGAUUUUAGAAUCAACUUCGCCGAGUUACAAGCAUCAAAUGGUGACCUCUUUUUCGAAUAAAAGUAAAGAGUUAGCUUUUAUUGGUUAUAUGGAAGAAAUAGCAACGAGAAAUUAUGCGUUAAAAAAUGGGAUUAUUCCAAAUUUAUGCGUUAAAAGUGAUGUUAUUAAAAAUUGCAGCGAGUUUUUAAAAUAUAGGUCGUACGACGGGGUUUGCAAUAAUUUAUUAUCGCCGAAUUCUGGAUCGGGUUAUUCUCCGUUUAGAAGAGUGAUACCACCUAUAUAUUCAGACGGAAUCGGUUCACCACGAAACGGAAUUAAUAACUCGUUGCCGUCGCCAAGAACGGUUAGCAAUGUAGUCCACAGACCUUAUUUUCGAAAUGACCCAAAAUUCACUGUAAUGCUCGCCGUUUUUGGACAAUUUUUAGACCACGACAUCACAGCGACCGUUUCGAGUAAAGGAAAAAAUUUAACGGCGAUUUCAUGUUGUGAAAAAUCCGAUUUUAUCGCGCAUCCGGAAUGUUUUCCGGUCAUCAUAGACCCAGAUGAUCCUUAUUAUUCCAACUACAACAUUACUUGUAUGAACUUUGUGCGAUCAGCUCGAGUUAACACAUCGUGUUUAGGUGUUAGAGAGCAAAUGAAUCAGGUUUCGUCAUACAUUGAUGGAUCAGUUAUUUACGGACCAACCCAAGAAGUUUCAUCCAAAUUAAGAACCUUCCAAAACGGCUUAUUCAAUGUUUUAAUCACACAAGAUAAUCGAACAUUAUUACCAAUUUCUCAUGACUUAUCGGACGGUUGCAAUCGUAAAGAAAAAAUCAAAGAUGGAAAAUAUUGUUUUAUGUCCGGUGACGCCAGGGCGAACGAAAACGUUCACUUGACGACGAUGCACUUAAUUUGGACGAGACAUCACAACAAUUUGGCGAAGAGGAUGCAUUCCAUAAACCCACAUUGGAGUGAUGAACGGAUAUUCCAAGAGACAAGGAAGAUAUUAAUAGCGCAAUUGCAACACAUUACUUAUAACGAGUUUUUAAAUAUCAUCUUAGGUAAUAAACUGUUAAAAAAAUACGAGUUAUCGCCAAGAAAACGAGGAUUCUACAAAAAUUAUAACAAUUCAAUAGACGCGACGAUUUCUAAUAAUUUCGCCACAGCAUCAUUUCGAUUCGGGCAUUCAUUAAUCCCGACAUUAGUCAGUUUGAUCGACAAUGACAAAUCGACCGUGGAGUAUUUAAAAUUACACGAAAUCCUUUUCGAUCCGUUUUUAUUAUACAAACCUGGCGAAAUGGAUCGAAUUUUAAAAGGAACCGUUCGAAGCAGCGUUCAAGCCCAUGACCCAUUUUUUACUCCGGAGUUAAAAGAACAUUUAUUCGAGAAUAAAAAUCAAAUUUGUGGAUUAGAUUUGGUAUCUUUGAACAUACAAAGAGGGCGAGAUCAUGGUUUACCUGGUUACACAAAAUUUCGGGAGAUUUGCCAACUAAAAAAAGUUAAUAAUUUCGAUGAUAUCGAAGAUAUUAAUCAAGAAACUGUUAAUUAUAUUCGGAGUAUUUAUAGAAAUGUGGAUGAUAUAGAUUUAUAUACAGAUGCAUUAAGUGAAAAUCCUGAAAGUGGUAGUAUGUUGGGUCCAACAUUAAAUUGUUUAGUAAUCGAUCAAUUCGCACGGUUAAAACGAGGAGAUAGACAUUAUUAUGAGAAUACCGGUGAAUUUGAUGAAACGCAGCUGGCCGAGAUACGAAAAACGAUGCUUGCGAAGAUAUUGUGCGAGAAUUCGGAUGGCGUGAAGUUUAUACAACGGUACGCGAUGGAAAAUAUCGGUGACGACAAUCGGGAGGAGCCAUGCGAAGAUCUACCACAGGUCGAUCUGAAAUACUGGAAGGAAAACGCCGGUCGCGUUCACGUCCCAAAUCGGGACAUGGCCAUCGUCGCCGAGAACAUCUGGCACCGUACCGGAUAAAUCCCGCUACUAAAGGAGAUCCCAUGAGGUCAAAACACCAAGGUUACAUAAAAAAAUCGAUUCACAUUUUUUUUAAAUCGACCUUUUUAUAC